AUGGCGGAAAAUGAUGGUUUAGAGGGGGACCAUUUGGCUGUCACAGAGGGGACUAGUUUCUCUCAGUUACUCUUCGCUGCUGAUGAGGUUUGUGGUCUUGGCGUGGACGACGAAACCUUUAACUACACCCAUUCAUCUGCUUAUUCCACCCAGAUUAAGCCACCCAAAAUGCUCUGCUUCGGGAACUAUGAUCACAGCCAUGGCGAUGGUCUGGAAAUUGGGUUUUCAGAGACUGCUAAGAAAUCAGGGGUUACAUGCAGCGAUUCCUCCUCUUUUUAUUCAACCAGCAACACAAGCAUCAACGCAUUGCCCAAAUCCAACAAUAAAAGGAGAAAUGGGUUAGGCCAAGAGUCGGUGCAGUGUGCAAGCACCAUCAGCACAACGAUGAUUGCAAGCCAGAGAACCUCCAAGAAGACGAAAUCUGAGAAUCACACAUCGACAGGCAACGCAAAGAGGAAAGAGAAGCUUGGAGAACGAAUUGCAGCUCUGCAACAACUUGUAUCACCCUUUGGCAAGACAGAUACUGCAUCAGUGCUUCACGAAGCGAUGGGAUACAUCAGGUUCCUGCACGACCAGGUUCAGGUUCUGUGCUCGCCUUACCUGCAACGCCUGCCUACAUUACCUGAUGGAGAGAUGGAGGAAGCAAGAAAGGACCUAAGGAGCAGAGGACUCUGCCUGGCCCCUGUGGAGUACACAAUGCACGUGACAAACAACAAUGGUGCUGAUUUUUGGUCACCAGCCAUGGCCAACAACGACAAUAAUGUUUCUUCAACCAAGUAUUGA